AUGAUGCCUUCAGCGAAGCAUCUAGAUCACGAAAUACCCCAGGUAGACGCUUUUGCAGCGCUUCUGAAGGAUACCCUAGUUCAUGCGCAGUCUGUCAAGUCGGCUACAACAAUCGAACCUCCACUCACUAAGGUCGAUUUUGAGAAUGUCCUUGCCCAACUUUCCACUAUAUUUCCAUGCGCUUCACCGGAUUACGUUUCGGAGAACCUAGCGUCCGAGAAGGCUCGUCAGUACGCCGUCGUGGAAACGGCCGCGCGGAAUGUGUUUAGCAGCUUAGUUGCUGGGAUAUCGAUUGAUUCUCCCGAGUUCGUCCAAAUCUGGAAUCUCUUCGACUUCCUGUCGGUUCUAUCUGAUAGCGAGCAAUGCGACGCUGCCCUUCUUUUCUGGCUCGUGGAAGAGCUACUCGAUAGCCAAACGACCGAGGGGUGUAGGAAGAUAUUCGACUUUCUUGAGUCUCGAAGGGAGCAAAUUAUCGCACAACAUUUAAACUCCAAGAAGCUGGUUAUUCUCAGGUCUUGCAACGACCUUUUACGCCGACUAUCGCGGGCCGAAGACACGGCGUUUUGCGGUCGAGUCUUCAUAUUUAUGUUCCAAUGCUUUCCCCUAGGAGAUAGGAGCUCGGUUAACUUACGCGGAGAGUAUCAUGUCGAGAAUGUUACAUCAUUUGAAGAGACACCAGUCCAGCCAGACGACUCAACGGAUAAGAUGGCUGUGGACAUGGAAAUUGACACGACAAGAGAUGGAAAAGACGAGAACAAGUCAACAGCUAAAGCGGUCUCAUUCGAUGGCAAGAACAAGCCAACACCUGAGAAACUCCUCGAUACGAAUGCUCUCUAUCCUAUAUUCUGGUCGCUCCAACACUACUUCAGUCAACCCACAGUCCUUUUUGAUUCUACACACUUGACAAAGUUCAAGGCUGGUCUAGAAGCCACAAUGUCUGCAUUCGAUAUAGUCGCGAAACUCCAAAGAAGUACAAAGGGGUCUGACGAGAGCAAGAUACCCCAAAAGAGAAAACAUGGCGAAGGAGAUGAUGAUCUCCGCAGUAGCACAAAUAACCCCAAGUACCUCACAAGUAGAGAGCUUUUUGAACUAGAGAUGGGCGAUCUAUAUUUCAGACGUCACAUUCUUAUACAAGCAUUUAUCGUCUUAGAAUUUCUCCUAUCGCUCACCCCCCAGGCCAAGGCAAAACUUGCCAAGAUCAAAGUCCAGAAUAGGUCAGUAAUAUAUGGCGACCAAAAGCUAGGAGAAGAAGAUGCAAAAUGGACAUCGGCCAUGAGGGAUAGGAUAGUUCUCUAUAUGCAAGCUGACUCUGAUGGAUUCUUCUUUCAUCGUGUAAUCGAGAGCGUAAUCUCGAGAGACAAGAAUUGGGCCCGGUGGAAAGUUGAAAGCUGCCCACCCAUCAAGCGAGAUCCCCUUUCGCCUACCGACUUCGCGGAGGGAAAGGCUAGUGCAAAACGCAUCGCAACUAAUAAGAGGCUGCGCCCUGUACCCAUGGGAUCGCUAUCUCUGGAUUUCCUAAAGGAAGAGGACAGUGAAACAGCAAUGGAAAAGUUAAAGGAUCCAGAAAGAUGGAGACUUCCUGACCUGGGUGUCUUCAAAGAAAAGAUAGCAUCAGACGACCUCGACCUUGACUUCGCGAAAAGCGAGACGGAAAAGUCGGAGAUACUCGAGGCCAAAGCUAGCAAGACAUGGAGAGCUCUUAGAAUUGCUCGGAGAUCAAAACUUUCCGUCUUUGACAAGAUCGACGAUUGGCAAAAGGUUGAUGUUAUCUUUCAGGAGCAGCCAAGCUCAGAUGAUGGUGAAGAAGAAACAACUGAGAACGACCAAAUACCGGAAGAUAGACGGCCGAUCAUUCUGACAGGACCAAGCAAAGUCGGCAAAUCGACAUUACUCUCAAAACUCCUAGAGGACCGUAAAAACGUAUUUGGAGAAGUUAUCUCGCAUACUACCCGAGCUCCCAAGGAUGAAGAAGUCAACGGCCAGCAUUACAAUUUCGUAGAUACCGCGGAAUUUAAUCAUAUAUUAGAGAAUGACUACUUUAUGGAGUUCAUCGAACGAGACGGAAUCCAAUACGGAACAAAUCAGAAGCUAGCUCAAGCUCUAGAGGAGUCCGGAAAAGUCCCCAUCAUCCAAUUAGACUGCGAGCGCGCCCAACUAGCCAAAGACAAUGGCUACUCUGCACGGAUCAUCUUCAUCGCGCCACCUAGUAUUGAAGAGCUCGAGACACGGUUGAAGAAUUCCGGCAUAGCAGAAGAAGACCUGGAAGGCAUACUGAAGACCGCCCAGGAGGACAUCGAACACUCCAAUUCUGGGGAAGUUUAUGAUGCCAUCAUUACGAAUGACAAUUUAGACGAGACAUACAAAGCCCUCGAAGAAUUCAUCUAUGGAACCUCGGGAGAAACGGGGGCAGAAGCGGAAGCAGAGGUGGAAGCAGAAGCAGAGGACGUCAACGGCAAUACAAAUGGUGUAGCCGCAGCCGACGAUGUAGCGAUGGAGGAUGCAGUAAAUGGCGAGGAGACACCGUCGUAG